CAAUUUCAAAAAGGCACGACCGAACAAAGCAGCAACAUAAAGGACAAAGUUGGUGUUACUGUUAUUGUUGUUAGUGUUUGUGCUGAGUCUCAAAGAGGUCCCUCUUUGGAGCCCAUGGUUGCUCUCUCUUCCGUGGAGUUCAACCACUGCUCCAACGGCCUCCUUCUCUCUCCUCAGACCCACCCUUUUCCGGAUUUUAAGGUUUCUCUUUGCAACCGAUCAGGUGAUUUGGGACUUGGGAGAAGGUAGAGAAGUGGUCCUGAGUUCUGACUGGUUCGGAUUUAAGGUAUCGUGUGCCGUACGUUGUGUUUUUUCUUUGCCAAAUUCCAACCACGUUAAGCUUCUUCAAAGACUUUGACUCUCAAAUGGAGGGUUUUGGUGUGUAAGUGAGAAAAAUACAAAUAAAAAAAAUCAAAGUUUGAUAUUUGUGUUUUGUUUUCCCAAAGAGGGUGGUGUUGUCUCCUGAACCACAAGUUUCAACGAUUCAACUAGAGUUUUGUUGGGGUGAGUGAAUCGGAUAGUUACUUAUAUUUCUAGGUUUGUUGAGGAGGGACGGAAUUGGUAUGGCUGUUGCCAAUAGCAACAGCAGCAAUGAACCUUGUACUUCAUACAAUUGUUACAAAGUAGCAGGUUUGACUGAGACCAUAUUAGACACAAAUCAUGUAUAUAAUUUAAAAGAUCGGUACAUUCUCGGCGAGCAAUUGGGUUGGGGGCAGUUUGGUGUCAUAAGAGCAUGUUCCGACAAGUUGACAGGAGAGGUUUUGGCCUGCAAAUCAAUUGCGAAAGAUAGGUUGGUUACUUUGGAUGAUUUGAGGAGUGUGAAGCUUGAGAUAGAGAUAAUGGCUAGGCUAUCUGGGCACCCCAAUGUUGUGGAUCUCAAAGCAGUUUAUGAAGAGGAAGGUUUUGUUCACUUGGUGAUGGAGCUUUGUGCUGGAGGGGAGCUGUUUCACAGAUUAGAGAAGAACGGGUGGUUUUUAGAAUCUGAAGCCAGGGUUCUCUUUAGGCACCUAAUGCAGGUGGUUUUGUAUUGUCAUGAGAAUGGGGUUGUUCAUAGAGAUUUGAAGCCUGAGAACAUUCUCUUAGCAACAAGAUCCUCCUCAUCUCCUAUUAAAUUGGCAGAUUUUGGACUUGCAACAUACAUCAAGCCUGCAGGUCAGAGUUUGCACGGGUUAGUUGGGAGUCCAUUUUAUAUAGCUCCAGAGGUACUGGCUGGUGCAUAUAACCAGGCUGCUGAUGUGUGGAGUGCAGGUGUUAUUCUUUACAUUCUGUUGAGCGGAAUGCCUCCGUUUUGGGGGAAGACCAAAUCACACAUUUUUGAAGCUGUUAAAGCUGCUUCCCUGAAGUUUCCUUUGGAACCUUGGGAUCGCGUUUCUGAAUCAGCUAAGGAUUUGAUCAAGGGAAUGUUGUGCACUGAUCCUUCUCGAAGGCUCACUGCACGAGAGGUUUUAGAUCAUUGCUGGAUGGAGGACAACCAAACAAAUCCCGAACAACUAAGUGAACAUAAAAUCCAAAGUUGUGAAGAAGGCAAUAUUGGCAGCAGCUCAUUCUCUGCCUCUUUUAUGUCCAGGAAUCAGGACAUCAGCUUUGGCGCUGGCUCACCAACUUGUGAUGCUCAAUCACCUACGUUCACAUGCAGAUCAUCAUUUUCAUCUUUUUUGGUGGAACCAGUCACUCCAUUUCUAGUUUCUGGUGGGUUUUCAUUCAAGAGUGUGGGCGAUUCCACUUGUUUGGAAUUUUCUUCUCCUGUUCCCUCGGUGCUUAGCUUUUCAUUCCUCAGCCCCACUUCUGUUGUUGAGCAAAAGAGUUGUAAAUUAGAGUGCUCAGCUAACAUGUCAGAUGUAAAUGCAAUUGCUGGAGAAGCAAACUUGGGAAAGUUGCUAGUGCUACAAGAUUCUCCCCUUUGCAUUGGACGCGAAGUUAAUGAAACGGAUCGCAAGCCUGUAGAUGCUAAAAGGGCAAGUGGAAUGAAUGGACAUAGGAUGCUGGGAAUCCACAGCAAGAGAAACAGGACAAUUGGACUUGGUGAAUGUGAGCAACUUGACCUUGUGGUGACUGAAUCAGUCAUCCGUUGGUCAUCGUGCACUCAGCUACCUACAUCUUUGAGAUCAUCUCUUGUCUGCUAAGCGGAAAGAAGACUCAGAUUGCUUCAUGAUAUGUCCAAAUUUCAGCAUUCUUGUGCAAAUUUUGCUCAGCUAACACGUUGUAUAUGUUUUCCUCAUUUGCAUUGGUGUUGAUGAUAACUGUCUUCUGGCUGGUGCAAGAUUUUGUUUAGUUUUGGUAGUGGUUUAAUGGUGUGUGUCUGAUAGAGAAGUUCUGCUAUACUAAUUGCUCACUUUCUUGUUUUUCCUUCUCAUGUUACGUGCCUUGAGUGAGUAAAGGCACUCAUUCUGCCUGGUUUGUAAAUGAAGUUGAUCUUGAUGUUUGCUGCUGUUAUCUUAACCUGAUGUUUCUGUUGCACUUCUU